AGAGCCUUCUGUGACCGAGAGGUCUUGUGUUCGAUUCCCGGUGACCCCCAUUUGUUAAGCACAUGGUAUUCUUGUCUUCAGACCUGUGCAAACUUCAAGCCCUUGUGAGUGGCUUUCGUUUGAGGGGGCGUGUUAGUGUUUGGUAUAAGAUCCACGAUUGAACCUCUCCCAACAACUCGAGUUAUUGGGAUCAACUGGUUCUUGACA